AGAAGGGUGAAUGUCAGCGCCACGCGAAUGCUACAUCUGACAGCAGCUAUAACCUUAUUUUAUGAUUGUUGUGAUUAAAAACUUCAAACAUUCAAUAGAAUGUAUAUUACGCAGAAAUUGUGCAAACGCAUUUAUCGUAUUCUUUUGUAGUUCGAGAAGACUGAUAAAAUAUUAGGAACACGCAAAUUUUUCAUCACUUAAUGAAUAAAAAUGUGGAAACAAUCCAAAUUAUUAUACAAUAGAUGUGCGUCGCAGAAGAGCAAAGUUUUAUCUCGUAAUCAUAAAACGGCAGAAGUAAUCACAAAACUCACUAAUGCAACAUCGGAAAACCCCGAGCAUGUACUUCCUAAAGAAGCGCGAGUUGUCAUAUGUGGAGGUGGAGUUAUGGGUGGUGCUGUGGCGUAUUACUUGUCUCUUUUAGGAUGGGGACCAGAGACUGUUUUGAUAGAAAAUGGCAGACUAGGAGGUGGAACAACAUGGCAUACGUCAGGAUUAGUAGGGGCCUUCAAGCCUAGUCUAGCACAAGUGAAACUUGCUCAAGACAGUAUUGCUUUAUAUAAGGAAUUGGAAAAUAAAGGUCUCCCAACAGGCUGGAAGCAAUGUGGCAGUCUUUCUUUGGCACGAACGAGAGAUCGUAUGAUCUCAUUCAGGAGAAUGAAAGCACAAUCUGUGUCACGCAAUAUCGAAUGUCACUUAGUUACGCCAGAAGAAAUUCAGAAUCUAUGUCCAUUAUUACAAGUUGAUGAUCUAGUUGGAGGAUUAUGGAUUCCGAAUGAUGGUGUCGGUGAUCCAUAUCAGAUUUGUUUGACAUUGAUUCAAGAAGCACAGCAAGGAGGUGUUACAGUAUUUGAGAAUUGUGCAGUCACAAAAGUUAUUAAUCAGAGUAACCAGGUAAAAGCAGUGGAGACAACACAUGGUGUCAUUGCAUGCCAACAUUUUGUAAAUUGUGCUGGUUUUUGGGCACGGAAUGUGGGUAAACUAAGUGAGCCAUAUGUAAAGGUACCACUUCAUCCAGUAGAACAUUAUUAUUUACACACUAAACCUAUUACUAAUUUAGAUCCUAUGACACCAGUUAUACGUGACUUGGAUGGAUUUAUCUAUUUUCGGGAGAAUAACGGGCGACUAUUAGGCGGUGGUUUCGAGCCAGUUGCAAAACCAGCAUUCGAGGAUGGCAUGAUUCCUGAAAGCACAGAUAAGCGAUAUCUACCAGAAGAUUGGGACCACUUUCACAUUUUGCUAGAACAGAUGUUACAUCGAAUUCCUAGUUUGGGAAAUGCUGUUUUGGAGAAACUUUGCAAUGGGCCCGAAGCAUUUUCCCCGGAUUGCAGGUGGAUCGUAGGAGAGGCUCCGGAAAUACGUAAUUAUUACAUCGCUGCCGGAAUGAAAACGGUCGGAAUAUCCGCUGCUGGCGGAGUCGGCCGUGCUACGGCGGAACUGAUAAUCAACGGAUCGACUUCGCUAGACAUGUAUGAAUUGGACGUCUCGCGUUUCCUCGGACUACACAACAAUCGUAAAUUUUUACGCGAUCGAGUGCGAGAGGUGCCCGGGAUGCAUUACGCGUUGCAAUAUCCGCAUCAAGAGUUCAAAAGCGGGAGAAACCUGAGAAUGUCGCCGAUUUAUCCGAAGCUCAGAGACGCGGGUGCAGUUUUCGGUCAGGUCAUGGGAUACGAAAGACCGUCCUGGUUCCAAUUGGACGAUGACUGUGACCUGGAGUUUCCCGAUGGUUUUCAAAGAUACAAAAUAGCUUACACGAAUACCUUCGGCAAGCCUCCUUGGUUCGACGCGGUUGCGCGAGAAUACGCCGCUUGUAGAGAAGCGAUCGGUCUGAGUGAUUAUUCCUCCUUUACGAAGAUCGAUUUGUGGUCGAACGACAUGGAAGUCGUGGAUCUAUUGCAAUACUUGUGCUCGAACGACGUUGAUGUGCCUGUAGGAAGUAUUAUUCAUACCGGUAUGCAAAAUCAUCAGGGCGGUUAUGAAAAUGAUUGUAGUUUAGCUCGAAUCGCACCAAAUCAUUAUAUGAUGAUCGCCCCGACUAUUCAACAAACACGUUGCAAAAACUGGAUCCAACGGCAUUUGCCGGCAGACGGUUCUGUUGCCGUGUCUGACGUUACAUCCGCAUACACUGCAAUUUGCAUAAUGGGACCGGCUACCAGGCAACUGUUAACCGAAUUAACAGAUGUGGAUUUAAAUCCAAAAAACUUUCCGUUCUUCACGUUUAAGGAAUUGGACGUUGGACUUGCCAAUGGCAUCCGUACGAUGAAUCUAACGCAUACCGGAGAACUUGGCUAUGUUCUCUAUAUUCCAAACGAAUUUGCCCUGCACGUUUAUACGAGGUUAAUAGAGGCCGGAGCGAAGUACGGAUUGAAGCACGCUGGUUAUUACGCGACGAGGGCUUUACGCGUCGAAAAGUUUUAUGCAUUUUGGGGACAAGACUUGGAUACCUUUACUACUCCUUUGGAAUGCGGAAGAUCGUGGAGAGUGAAAUUUGAUAAGGGAGUCGAUUUCAUCGGCAGAGACGCUCUUUUGAGACAGCGCGAAGAAGGAGUUCAGCGGAAAUAUGUGCAAUUAUUAUUGAACGAUCACGAUCCCGAAGUUGAUACUUGGAGCUGGGGGGGCGAGCCUAUUUAUCGAAACGGAAAAUAUUGUGGGUUAACAACAACCACGGGUUACGGAUUCACCUUUAAAAAACAAGUAUGUCUUGGAUUUGUGCAAAAUUUGGACUCGAAAGGUCAGCCGCAAGAAGUGACGAACGAAUACGUGUUAUCGGGCGAUUACGAGGUGGACGUCGCGGGCAUCAUGUAUCCCGCAAAGUGUCACUUGCACAGUCCAAAUCUACCGACCAAGUUUCCCGAUAAAGAAAGAGACGCUUAUCAUGCUACGCGCGAUCAGCAUUCUUUGUGAUCCGAACGAUAAACAUGUCUCAAAUAUAUGUACAAACGA